AUGACUCCAUUUGCAGGGCGUGGUUCCAGCCUAGCUCUUAGGAACAUCAGUAACAUCCCACUGGAAAAGACAUUGAGCAGAACUCCAUGCCUGCCAAGCCAAAACUCAUACAAGACAAGUAAGAAGCGAUGUUGUCAUUGCAAGCUAAGGCAUCUUUUUUACCUUUUUUAUAAAUGGAUGCUGAGUAAGUACAGGCUAUCCACUCUACUCCAUUUCUUCAGCUGGGGCAAACCCUUUCUAAGGUCUUGAAGUUAGGUUGAUAUUAAGAGACAUGACAAUACUCUAGUUGUUUAUUCUAAUAAUAACCAAAUCCUUCCAGCUCUGAUCCACAUAUACUGGUAAUUUGGUUUUGUCUCACUUCAGGGACACAGUGACUUGUAUCUCAAAUUUGAAAGAAGUUGAAGUGAUCACCCAUUUGCAGAAGUUUCAUUGUGCCAAAUAGAUUUGUUACUGUUUCAUAUUUCAGAUAGAAAGUUGAUGUCAAGUAGUGCUUUGCUAGGAAAAGUUAGCUCCAAUGAUGAUAAAGACUGCAAAACAUACAGAAAAGAAUUACAGAGGUAUCUAGCUUUUUGGCAAUGGUACUACAGUGUGCUUUUACACUGAGGUGCAAACUUUACUUUGCAACCAAGUGUACAAAUGGGUUGCUAGGUAACCCUUCAGCACGCAGGCGUCCCAUUCAUUUGUGCAAGAAGUUAUUAUUAUCCAGCUACCGAAGUGUGCUCCAGUUGUCUGGGUGCCUUGUGCUUUAUUUUUUGGCCUUACCUUUUGCAACUGAAUACUUGUUGUUUUUUUUGGUUAAUAACUUUACAAGUGAAAAUUAGAUUUAACAUACCAACCUGAUGUGAACUGUAAGUAAUAAGGUCUACAGCUCACAUGUAUGAAACUCAGUGAUGACGGACUGGUAGCAAUGGGGUGGUAAUGAAGUGAUUAUGAUUUUUGCUUUUUGUCUGUUACAUCUUCUCUAGGGCUAAACUUCAUUCCAAGAAGGCACCACUUAUGAAAUCAAAACCCCUCACCUCAACAACUACGUAUUCAUUCAAAUCAAUGUCUUCCUGUUCCAUGUGUGGAAGUGUAGUGUACGGUAAUGAUCGUUCUUUGCCCACUGUCAAAUCCAUGUCGCUAUGCAAGUCCUGCCUUGAUGAUGUCAAUUCAGAUGACUUCUCUUUUGGUGAUGCUCCAACUAAUGCCUCACAAGUUUUACAGCCACACAAUUCAACACUUUUGGAGGAGGACUUAACAAUUCAGCUGAGAGACAUAAUCCCUCAGGAUUUAUCAGCAAUAAUGGGUGAGUAGAAUUUCCGUUAUGAUGUUUCAUUUCUGCAGCAAAUUAAAGCUCAAGGAGCAAAGGAAAAUUUUAUACUCUAGUACAGUAAUAACAAGCCUUUGUAUACGUAGUAGUAAUGGGUAAUAUUCAUGUGCAACUUUGGGGUAAAAAAUAAUUCUAUUUUGACAUGACUGUAUUCUUAGAGGAGCCAGUAGAUGAAAAAGAACAGGCUGAAGCAGCCCAAAAGAAAACAGAGGAUGCACUGGGCUCAUAUGAUCUGUUUGACAAAGAGGUGAACUUAAAGUAUAUUUUUGCAAAGAACCCUUUUGAUCCACAACACCCCUUAAAAGGAAGCAUAGCUGCAUUUGUUCGAAAGGUGGAUAGCUCUAUCCGUGGGAUAGACCUCUAUCCACUGGAUAGUGCAAUUUGUUUCCCUAAUACUUAUCCACUGGAUAGUGAUUUAUCUGGUGGAUAACACCAUCCAUCUUUAUAACAACAGGGGCCUGGUGUGUCUUUUUAUCCCUGAUCGGGGCUUUUAUGCUGAAUAAAUACAUAGCUAAAUAAAGUGAGUGUUCUAGUAUACUUUUCUUUGUCACCAAAAGUUGUACCAGAAUAAACAAGCACAAAACAAGGUUAACUUUUGUUAUUGCAUUUACAUCUCUAGCAUUUCUGUCAGUAUCCACUCUUGCUUCCCACUUUGCUAACUAAAAUUAAUAAAUGUUCCGUUUUAAAAUGAUCCCAGGGUUGAUUUAAUAAAACUUUUACAAGUGUAAUUUACGAGUGUAGUCAUUGUUUUAGGGUCCGAGAACAAUAGCCAUUCUUGUAAUUACAUUUGUAAAAGUUUUUAAUUAAUUGACUCCUGAAUCUUGAAAAAACAACAGUGCAAUCUUUUCUCAAUGAUACUAUGACUCUCAAAUGAUUAGUGGCCACUAUUAGUAAUUACUGACACUAAAGUCAAGAAAUUAGAUUGUUUUUGAGAACCUGACUAACCCUAUAUUAAUUACUUUCAUUUACAGUUUAUUUUAAUAAUUAUUAUUAAAUAUUACUUUCCAGGAAAUUGCAGAUGCCCCUGAUCUUCCUAGGUGUAGCACUCCAGUGGAUCCAGGAAAAAUACAAGGACUCAAGCUGGUGAGUUAGUUUGCUGUAGUGAUAAAUGGCACAUUUACCUCUUCCCUUUAAAUGAUUUAACUGAAUGUCACGAAGGAAAAAGAUCAUAAGAAAUGAGGUUUUCUGUCAGUUACACAGGCAACCUGAAGACAAUAAAAAUAUGUGUUCUUGCAGGAGGAGUUGAAUCUAUGACCUUCUGUGUGGUUACUAGUCCAAGUCAGGUGCUCUAUUAACUUGAGAGAACUAUCUCGUUAUGCCUUUUACUACAGUAGGUUUAUAUGACAAAAACCUUGCAUACUGCUGAGACUGGACUGUUGAUAGGUGGUACAUGUAUAUAAGCUUGCCUGUCUACCCUGAAGAGAGAUAGAAGGGUCCCUGCUCACAGGGUCUUGUUCAGUUGAACCUCUUGUUAAACAUUAAACGACUAGUAAUAUUAUUAAUUCAUUCAAUUAACAGCCUGACACCUCUGCAAUAACAGUCUAUAAUGAGAAGACUUCUGAUCCUGUGAAGUCAAAAUCUAAAAGCAAAAAUCAGGUAAUUUUUCAAAGACCAACACGUUUUUAACCUGAAGCGGAGGAGUUUUUAUAAUCACUUGUAAAAAUGUUUAGACCACAAAAGUGGCCUUAAAUAUCAAUACCUCUUUUUGGCAGCCACUAGCUUCUGAUGUUGCAAUGUCAUGUGGGGUAGGCAAUCUGCAGUGCAAAACUUGGAAAUAACCCUAACCAACAUUAAUUUUUGUUUUGAAAACCCUAUCAAGUAAGGACAUCUGAAAUUCUAAGACUUUUAACACCUAUGGAGAAAGAUGAAAAAGUUAUUCAGAGCAGAAACAAGAACUGAGAAUUGAAAUACUACGAUGGGAUUACCUCUAUUUAAUGCCACUGGCAAACACCACUAAAAGAGUAUCUUAUGACAACUAUGGGAAGUAAGACAUUUUUUAUUUCUGGUCAUUUCUCAGGAACCAGAAUCCAGUAAAGAAGAUUUGCCCAAUGUUACUCCAGAGACAGUCUCCAAACAGGUAAGAUAUGGUCUUGUUUUCCACUUUACUGUCCAUACAGUUAUAAGUCUAAAGUGAAUUUUGACUCUUGUUGUCAAGUGUUUUGUUUGUUUGUAAUAUGCUGUUAAAAAUAUUAAAUAUUCUAUUAUUAUUAUUAUUAUUAAAAGCAGUAAUUAAUUCAUUGGUUUAGCCCCAUAGGACAUUAUUUUAGUCCUUCACGUUGUUUAAGCAGAUUUAUCUACUUCUUCAAAGUAAGGCUUUUUUCUGUUGUACCAUUACUUUGGUUUUAUCUGUUUUGUUACAAAGGACUGUAUCACCAUGAAGAAGCUUAAACAAAAGAGAAAGUUGGCAUACAGCAAGGACUUGGAUGAAAUACCAGACUGUACCCUGCUCCAUGCAAACACCAACAGAAAGCGACCAAUUAAGUUGCUUUUUAAGUGCGAUAAAAGCACUUGUUCUUAUAGCAGUCCUUUGACAAAUGUACCAAUUGAUACUCUCAUCCAGAGUUCAGUUGAUAAAAUAAAAAUAAGAAUAGAGCAAUAA